GAAGUUGCGUAGCCGGGAAAGGGGCGGAACUUUCCGGUGCGGGGAAGGUGCCGUUGCCAGCAGCCUCCCCGGAGGCACCGGCAGGCUCCUCUCCCUCCCUCCGCUCCCCUUUCCCGGCCAUGCGGCCGCUCUGAGCCAUGGGCGCCAGCGGCUCCAAGUCCCGGGGCCUCUGGCCCUUCGGCUCGGGCGGGCCGGGCGGCUCCGAGGGGCCGGGCGGAGACCAGGCUCUGACCCGGGCGCGGGGACUCUGCUCGGCCACCCCUUUCGUCUUCACCCGCCGCGGCUCUAUGUAUUACGAUGAGGAUGGUGACCUUGCCCAUGAGUUUUAUGAGGAGACAAUAGUCACCAAAAAUGGGAGAAAGCGUGCCAAGCUGAAAAGAAUCCACAAGAACCUGAUACCUCAGGGCAUAGUGAAACUGGAGCACCCUCGGAUACACGUGGACUUCCCUGUUAUCAUCUGUGAGGUCUGAGCCAUGGAGGGCAGUGUGAACUGUCAGUGUGUGCUAUCAAGGCACCUUACUUGCCCAGUUUUACUGUACCUCACGUAAACCAAGCUAGGCAGCCACGUCUCCCUUCAGAGUGAUGGAUCAAGAGCACAGGCGCAUGGUUAGCUUUGAAGCUUGUCUGCUAGGAUGAGGCGACAUCGGCUACGGCACUGACGGCAUCAUGGGAUCGUAUAAUCAGGAAAAGCAUUGGCUAGGGAUGUGUGUUGGUAGGACCUUUGUCACGUGAGAUGUUUGGCCUUGUUUAGUGACCUGCUCAAAAAAAAAACCCUUACUGAAUUGAGUAAAAUCCUUUUAUCAGCCAUUUAUUGACAUUUAGGUGGAAACAGAUUUCAAGUGUCUUGAGACCACAGAGAACCAACCUGCACCUUUUUCUGACCAGGUGGCCUGCUUUCUGAGUUCCCCAUCAGUAUUCUUUAAAUGCUGACAACGAAGUUUCUGUUUAUAUGCUGUAUAUGAGAGUAAAGGUGAGCAGUAAGCGUCUUGUGCUUCUCCACCCCUUUCCUGAACGUAACAUAACUGAAUAAUCUAAUGCUGUACUGUACUUGGAGGGGUGGAGGAUGAUGAUAACAGAGCUGUACCUAACAGAGUUGUUCAAAGCAGGGUUCCCUAUUGAAACAGACUGAUGUGCAAGCCUUGCUCCUGCUCCCCCCCCUCUAAUAUCUUCCUAGUGAGUUGCACUAUUUCCUUUGCAGGCAGUGUCUUUUUCAACUUCACUGCUUGGAAAAUUCCACUGACUUCUUCCUAUGCUAUGGCACAUCAGUAGAGGCUGUUGGCGGCAGCAGCAACAUCUGAGCUUGCAGUUUUCCUGUGGAGCCUUACCAAACAGGCCACCUCUUAGAAGGCGUUUGUCGACAGGUUCUGGUUUCAUUCCAAAGUAGACUUCCUUCUUGUGAAUCUGCAUCUUCUGACUGGGUUGUAUUCAACUGGCUUUUCCAUGGGAGUAUUCCCAUUAAAAUUAAUAGACCAUGGUAAAUUGGUCAUGGUAAUUAAUUUCAGUGGGUCUACUCUGAGUAAAAGUGGAUAGUGCAAGGCAGAUUGCCAUUUCCCUCUCUCUCAAUUAAAACAGAAAUAGGUAACACUGUCCUUUUAAUCCUUGAGUUUUGCUGUUGGCACUAAGGCAACUUAUGUUGUUUUGAUCAAAAUGUUUACCAACCUGAUUGUAUGCUUCCCCUGCCCCUUUCCUCCAAAGGAAAAAAGAAACAAUAAUGUACUGUGAUCUUCCUUUGACAGACUCCUUGACGCUCUGGACUGGGCCAGGUAUUGCCUGAUAUGGGAGAAUGCAGCACACUUUAAAGGAAGGCUAUGUGUUUUGGGAGGGCUCUACCCUUUCCCCCAAUGUAUGAAUGUGAAAUGUUUGGUUUGUAGGGCCACUUCCCAAACUUGACUUGAGUAUCACUGGUAGCUAUAUGUGCUGAAGUGGUACACCUGCCUCUCCUUCCCAAGUUUUUGCUUCUAAGAUUUAGAGCUACCUGCUGCUGAAAACUGAACAGGCAAAACCCUGUCAGAGGCACUCUUUAUCUUUUGAAGACGGUUUCAUAUGCAAUGCCUGCCUGCCUGCCUUUUCUGCCAACUCUCAGAAUUUAUAUAAAGCUUUAAAACCGAAUUGUGGGCGAGUUAGCUGUAAGAGUUGGCUCAUUGCACAGCAUAUUUUCCUUCCUGGAGCAUGUCAUUGCCUUUCUGAGCACUUCAGGCAUUUGCUACCUCAGUGUUUAGUUUAAAUUUGCUGGUGCAAAGCUGUGCCUGCCAGCAGGAUCAAUAAGUUUGUGUCAUGUGUGUCAUCUCUGCACCUACAUGGGAAUCCUUUUUAAGCACUACGAACCAGGUUAGAAGCAGUGUGGAGUGGCAAUGUUGACUGAGCUCUCUAUUCAGUGACUGUCACAUUUGCCUCGCUGUCACCCUUUCAGCUGUAUGUCUAGGGUUGUAUGUUAGGAUUGUUCCUUAGUGCACGGUGGCUUCCUGAGUUGCACUGCUCUUCCAUGCAGAACUUGUGUAUUACUAUACAAGUGUAGAACUAUACAGUUAACCAUGAAAGGGUAAGACCAUAAAAGGGUUGGCAUUGGCCCCGUGUCAUAUUUCCAUCCUCCAUCUUCAUGUGUUGCUUAUAUUUUGGUUGAAUCUCAUUUGGGUAAUGAUGGGAAUCUGGCAUCUUUAUCCUUCAUUUGGAAAGGAAGUGUCCACUACUAAAACAAGAGCAACCCGGGGGUGGAGGUGUGGUUGCAACACUCAUUGGAAAGCAAAACUCUGUCUCUGCAUUAUUGUGCUUAAAGAGUUGCAGGCUGAAAUCAGUGGGAGGAGACUUCCUUAUUCUUGAACAGUAUAGUUGACAACAGAUAUCAAGCCUGCCAUUUAGAAGUUUUGCCCCACAGCUAUUUCAGAAGAAGCACUUUGCUGUAUGUGAGGGUUGUUUGUUGCAUCUUCACACUAGAGAGUUUUCUCUGUUACAUGGGACUUGAUAAAGUCAUGAGAGAUACUGGGAGUGAAAGGCUCAGUGGUGACACCCUUUGCAAUUCCCUAAAAUACCCAAUUUAUGUUCUUUCAUUAGCUGUCUUGGUUUUGAGCAAGCAAAUACCUUGUGGUCAGAAAAGUACUGUGCAAUGUUGGCUUUCAUUCCCCCCCCCCUCCCCACUUCUAGUGCUUAUAUCCAUCCUGCUGGGAACCUCCCUCCUACUGGAACCUAAACGGAGCCUGUACCCAGAGAAAGCUUCAUUUCUGCAUAGCUUGAAAUUUCUCCUAAGAUGUAGCAGACUCCCUGGAGCUACCAGCAGCUGCUUUCAAUCCAUUUCUCUAAAAGGCUGGCUUGCCCACUGAGACUGUAGCUGUGCAGUUAAGACUUCCUGGAUUUUAUAAUCCUACCAAUGCUGUCCCUCUCAUUGUGCUUUCUGGCAGCCCCAUUCCUCUUGAGAGUGGCAGCUGUUGUCAGGCUCGGGGAAGACGGCUUUAUACAGGAUGCUGAUAAUGUGAAAGUUGGUGUAAAUAAAAUAUAUAUAUUAUCACUAUUGUUGGAACAAGCAAAAAGUUCUAUUUCCUUUUUUAUUACUCUUCUGUGCAUAUGUGGUUGUGUAGAAGACCUGAACCCACUAGCACUACACUUCCUGCUCCUAUAGCAUACAGAUAGGAACCCUGAAGGCAAAUGUGUAAAAUAUUUAUCGUUUGUUUCUCUGCCUUGAAGUGCAUUUGUUGAAUUUUGUUAAAUUUCAAUAAAAUUAUUUGUAAGUCCCAGAACUUUA